AGUGAUGAUUUGGAUGGUUAAAAUGCUUAGAAAAGAGUAAGUUUUUGUAUAGACCGUUGUAUAUGGUAAGAUUAAUACUGCUGAUAUACUUCAAAAGAGGAGAUCUCAUUCUUGUCUCUUCCCUUAAUGGUGUGUGACAUACGAAGGUGAUAGGUGAUUUUCAAAGCAUUGAUCAUUUAUAUUCACAUUACUCUAUCACUUUGUCAUUGUGGUAUAAGUUGUUUAGUUUGGUGGGUUUGAAUUGGGUGAUACGUGAGUCAUCUACAUCCUUGUUCAUUGAAGAUUUGAAAGGUCUUGGGAGAUGUGAUAAGGGCGUUACUCUUUGGAAUCGUGCUAUUAUCGCUCUUUGUGGGUUAUUUAGAAGGAAAAAAAAAUGCAAGAAUUUUUGAACAUCAAAUUGAGGUUUGGAUGGUUUAUGGGACCACAUUCAUUUUAUUGCAUCAAUUUGGGCUUCGAUUACUUAUAAUUUCAAAGGAAUUCCGUUCUUUGCUAUUUUGGAGAGAUGGAUAGCUUCAUUUGAUUUGUAGACUGUUUAUCUACCUAUUUUUUCGGUGGCCUGCUUUUUCUAGUUUAUUGGUUGAAUUUCUUAUCAAAUUGUUUUUGAUGCACUUUUUGUUUUUUAUCAAUAAACUUUUUCGUCUCCUAUAAAAAAAAAAACAACAUUAGUAAGGUACUGGAGAUUGUCGGGGAAUGGGGUGUCGGUGGUUCUAUUCUUAUUGUCUUCUAUCAAGUAUCAAAGAAGAAAAGGAUGAUCUAUGAUAUCUGCGAGAAUAACACUUUGCUUCUUCCUUUCACAUUCGUACAUUCAUACACCAUCCUCACGGUUGAAGUAUAGUCCAUUGUCUUUGAAACCAGACUUUUUGUAUAUACUAUUAUAUUGCUUGCUUGCAUAAUCAUGUUUAACCAGUUGUAAAUUGAAGCUUUGGGUUGUGAUUCUGAGAGGAUUGAUAAUUUAUCUUACCGGUGAAAUUUAAUCCUAGUAGCCUUCCAGAAAAGAGUUUGGGUUGAUGGUGAAUUAUUAUGCAAGGCGAGGGGACAUGCAUCGUGCGCGUGAAGUGUUUGAGAGCAUGCGUGCCAGGGGGAUAGAACCAACCUCUCAUGUGUAUACAAACCUAAUACAUGCAUAUGCAGUAGGCAGAGACAUGGAAGAGGCACUAUCGUGUGUGAGGAAAAUGAAAGAUGAAGAAAUCGAGAUGACUUUGGUGACUUACAGUAUUCUUGUUUGGGGAUUUGCAAAAGUCGGCAAUGUUGAAGCUGCAGAUCAAUGGUUUAAGGAGGCCAAAGAGAGACAUACAAGCUUGAAUGCAAUCAUAUAUGGGAACAUUAUUUAUGCUCAUUGUCAAUCGUCUAAUAUGGACCAGGCUGAAGCCCUGGUAAGGGAGAUGGAAGAAGAUGGUAUUGAUGCUCCGAUUGAUAUAUAUCACACCAUGAUGGAUGGAUAUACGAUGAUCGGGAAUGAAGACAAAUGUCUGGUUGUGUUUGACAGACUCAAGGUGCAUACACACACUAAAGUUCUAUUACUGAGAACCUUUGGAAAGCUGGAGUUUAUUCCUUCUGAGUGUGUGUAA